UGCUUCACUGAGUCCUCAUGCUCCUCGCAGCGCCCGCCCGAUGCGCAGGGACGGUGGAAUCUUAGCUCAGACCUGAGGAUCAACUGGACCCUGUUUUCCCCUCAGAGCACAAGGCCUGCAGACCUGUCGCUGGGGAGGCCGCCUUCCCGCGGCGGGCACGAGGGGGCGCUGCAGGCCGUGCUCAGCCCGCCAGGCUCCGACCUCAGUCUCUGCCCGGCUCCGCCGGGGCCGGAACUGGAGAGGCUGCGGAUCCCCGCAAAGGCUCCCGGCUGGACGCAGCCCACCGCUCAGAAGAAAUACGAUUCAUCUGUGCCCGGUCCGGGCCUCCACGAAACUCUCUCCUCCGUUUCUCCUCCUGAUGCCCGGUAG